AUGGUGGUGGAUGAAAUAUCUCAUGAUUUCAUGGGAAAAAAAAAUGUUACAGUAAGAGAGGACAAUGAUGGUGGACAAUGGGUGGCUAUCUGGCGUCUUGUUCUGCUGAAGCAUCAACCUUAUGAUGAACCCAGAAGGAAUGGGAGGGUUCCCAAUAUAUUAACCCAAAGACUAUUUCCUCAAGCACAGUACAGCAUAUGGAUUGAUGGUAAAAUGGAGCUAAUAGUUGAUCCAUUGCUUAUUCUUGAAAGGAAUUAUUGGUCUUGCGGAUACUUGUGGCUUGGGAAGCACACAUUUGCUAUUGCUCAGCACAAGCAUCAUCGCAGUAUAUAUGAAGAGGUAGAUGCAAAUAAACGAAGGAAGCGAUAUGCUCGAUCCCUUAUUGAUCUGCACAUGAAAAUAUACAGUCACGAGAUGGAGCCCUGGAGUCCUAAGAAAAACACAGAUAGUGGUAAGUGAGGAACUCCAUCUUCUUGUGUUCACUUUUGUUUUGAGUCACCACACGACCAACAUAGCACCCUUUUUUGCGCUCCUGACUAAGUGAGACUCAUAAAAGAGCUGUUUUAUACAUCUACUAGAUCAAAAAGAUCCAGGACAUGACCUGUGCCUCAGUCCACGCCAGUAGUCCUGCUUCCUAUUUUUGUCAUUUUUUUUUAUUAUGAGAAAAUCCAAAAUAUUGUAAUUCCUUGUCAUUUCAGUGAUCUACAAUUCUACAUGC